UAGAAGAGAGACGCACGCACAUUUAAUUAUUAAUUCCAGAAAGUCACUUAAGAAAUCACAGCUGCAGGAGUAUUACAGCUAAUAUAGUUUACCACACACAAAAGCAGACCCUCAUACACUAUUAUAUAUAGAGAUAAAUAUUAAAUUACGUCAGAUUGAAGGAUGAGCGAUUUAAAGCAAACCGUGUGCUUAACCAGUUCAAACGCUGAGAAUAUGUCGCGCCACCAGAUGCUCGACUGGGUGAACACCAUGGUGAAUGGACACUUUAAGAAGAUCGAAGAGAUGGCAUCAGGUGUCGCCUAUUGUCAAAUGAUGGACAUGAUCUUUCCGAAUUGCAUCAAUUUGAAGCGCGUCAAAAUGUCCGCUAAGCUAGAGCACGAGUUCUUUCACAAUAUGAAGCUAUUCCAGGGCGCCCUUACACGCCUCAAGCUUGACAAGACCGUGCCGUUGGAUCGCUUGAUCAAGGGACGUUUCCAAGACAAUUUCGAAUUCUUGCAAUGGUUCAAGAAGUUCUUCGACUCCCAAGCUCCUGGCCUAGAGAAUAUUAAAUCGGCCGCCAAUGCAGUCCAGCCAAAGCCCAUCAAACCGCGCGGCUUCAUCAAAGAGAACCAGGAGCAACAACAGCGGCAGCUGGAGCAGGAACAACAAGAACAAGAGCAGCAGGAAUCAGAGGAUUUCCUUGCCACCAUCUCAGAGUUGAAUGCGAAGAUUGCCACCACCAUAAAGGCACGUGAUGAGGUAUACGAGAAGCUUCGCAAGGUGGAGAUUCUACUAACCGACAUGAUCAAUAAGAACGAGCAUGUGGAAUUUUGCAAUCGGGUUUGCGAGGUGCUCUACAAGACCGAUCAGAAUGAUGAUGUGGGCACUCCCGCUGGCGAGGAGAGCAUGGACAGUGCCAUUGAUGAUCAGAACGAGGGAAUGUAUUAAACAACUAUUAUUUAGGCAAUCAAACGUUAUAUAAUUUUUCGGAUUAAAACAAUUCAAUAUCUCGUG